AUGAGCAGUCAAGCCACAGCCAUCUCACCACCGCCACCGUUGGCAACUCAGCCACCCCUGCCGAGCAGCGGAUCGUCGUCGGCAUCGUCGUCGAUCGGCCAGUUGGUCGGUAACGGCGGCGACGUGUACAUGACACCAGCCACUGGUGGUGGCGCUAUCAACGCUGGCGCCACAAGCGCCUCAUCCGAUGGUGGCGGUGAUUCUGGCGAGGAGAUGGGACCUUUGUCACGAGAUCGUUGCAACACAUGGCCAAUGAGACGACCACAGUUGGACGGGAAUGCGCAGACGAGUCCGUUGAUACAUGAACAGAUACCGGAGGAAGACGGAGAGCUCUACGACAGCGCAGAAAACCUGAACGGCAGACUGGGUGCGGGAAUAAUCGCGGCCAUGGCAACGGGCCUUGCACUGCACAGCCACGCACGGAUGGCAACGAACAGCCUUCUCAGCCUGGACGCUGCAAUCAUGUCAUCGCCGGUAAUGAGGAUGAUCCAGGAACGGUGGUCCAAGGCAGGCCGUGAGAACGACACUUAUCGCACGGAGACGGCGAUGGUGUGCGGUGGUGCGCCAGGCGGUCGUUGA